AUGUCGGCAAAUGCCCCCCAGCCGGUGAAGCUCUCGCUGCCCCUUGAGUACCAACAAACCCUGUUCCAGGAGCUUCGGUCUGACGAUGAACUCGUCGUCAUCGCCAAGGGCCUCGGCCUCAUGCGCCUGGUCACGAACCUGCUCCAUUCCUACGAUGCCGCCGGGAACAACCUGAUCAUCAUCGUCGGCGCCGAGGAUCGCGAGAACGCCUGGAUCGGCGAGGCCCUCGCCGAGCACGCCGCCAUCAGCAUGUCGCCCAAGGCCCGCGGCCUCACCGUCGUCAACACGGACUUUACGAGCGUCGGCGCCCGCGAGAAGAUGUACGCCCGCGGCGGCAUCUUCAGCAUCACCUCGCGCAUCCUCAUCGUUGACCUGCUGACGAGCCUGCUCAACCCCGAGACCGUCACGGGGCUGGUCGUCCUGCAUGCCGACCGCGUCGUCGCCACCUCGCUCGAGGCCUUCAUCCUGCGCAUCUACCGCCAGAAGAACAGGGCCGGCUUCCUCAAGGCCUUCUCUGACAACCCCGACCCCUUUGCCACGGGCUUCUCGCCGCUGUCGACCAUGAUGCGCAACCUGUUUCUGAAAAAGGCCUCGCUGUGGCCGCGCUUCCACGUCACCGUCGCCGAGUCGCUCGAGGGCAAGAAAAAGCAGAGGUCAUCGAGCUCGAGUUGCCCAUGA